AUGGAUCGAACUGCAAUUCUUCGUGAAUAUGAUAAUAUACCAACAACGUUUCUUUUCAAUAAAUUUGCUUAUGAUAUUAUGAGUAUCAUUUGUGCUGUUAUUCGUUGUUAUCGAUACAAUGUAACAAUGAAUGAUGUUCAUUAUAUUAGUUUUGCUACACCACAAUAUAGAACUCGUCAAAGUAUUUCAUUUACUAAUUUAUCUAAUCAACAUUUAUUAACUAUUCAACAACGAGAAACAAUAUCAUUGACAAAACUUAUUUAUUUCUAUCUUGAUGAUCAAAGACAUCGUUCUGCAAUGGAUUUCACAAUAAUUUAUCCUUCGGAGUAA